AUGUUACGUCCGUCGUCAGCCAGGGACGCAUCGACAUGUCUGCGAUGCAAUCUGCGCCUUGUGCUCCAAAGGAUCCACCACCGUCGUUACCAGUCCACCGAUGAAUCGCCCCUUCCAACUCAGGAUUUUCCUGCCUCGACAUCUGCGCCUUCCCCUGAGCAGCAACAAACCCCACAACCUUCGCGUCUGAGAGUCAUCCGUACUCACGGUAGCCAUGGCAAGAUUCGAGGCAAAAAGGGCGGCCAGAGGCGUGUCGAGUCGUCCGAAUCCUUGUCCAUUGCUAGUCUAGGUCAAUCUUCCGAAGUCAUUGUCCUGCGUGACUUACACGAGCCUCGUCCACAAAAGAAGUCUCUGGAGUCUGAUAAUAAACCCACUCAUCAUGCCGAAAGUACUAAGCCCAAGCCGCCUGCUCUGACCGGCCGCGACAUUGAGAACAUGUCGGGCAGAAGAGCUCUUCGCCCUAGGCUAGCCGAAGUAUUCGAGUCCAUCGACGCCUUGAGACCUGAUGAGGGCAUUCAUGUCCUCACCGAGGAUGAGUUUCGUCAAAACUUUGCCGCUCUGAACAAAGGCUAUACCAUGAGCCAAUUGAGAGGCUACUUGGUGCAAAAGACUGCCCCUGCUAAGCCUGCUUCGUCCAAGCCAAAUAAGUUUCGUCGUGUCCUGACUGAGUCAAACGAGUCUGCGUCUACCGAAAUCAGCAGCACAAUCAAUGAAUUACAGAACCUCAAACGCACCGCCUGGCAUGCCGGUACCACUUCUAUGACCAAACGCCUGCCCAUGGUCGACUUCUCUAUGUCAAUCGGCCGUAAGAUGAACAACAAAGACGAUGUGAUAGAAUCUAUCCUGCGCAAUGCUUGGGCUCUUGGUAUCGAAGAGGAGCAAGCUGGCAUCGGCGAGAUGGAGUUUCUGCUAUCACCUAUGCAGUUUGGUCUGCUGCUCACAAAGAACUCUCAGACCUUGAAACCUCUGCUCGAGAGCUCCAAAUUCUACAGAAACUCGCGAUUUCAAUUGCAUCAAGCCGAACGCGUCAUUCGAAUCGUAGGCCCAAGAGCUGAGGCUGAGGCCAUCGCCCACGUCUUGACCGAAGCUUAUGCUCCUGCCAGGAGCGCUGAUAUCGACCUCGAAACAUUUCAUGCCGUCCUACAAGGAAAUCCUUCAGGCUUCACGCUACGGGACAUAUUGACCCCUGCUCAACUAACCAACAUCAUGGCUCUGACGAGGACCUACAUCCACUACGAUGUCGAUGGCAAGCGCCUCCGCAUUGCUAGUUUCGUCGAUGUCGCCAUCAACGAUGCUCAUCGUCUACUUAUCGCUCUCUUGCCCUCAAAUUCGCAGUCCAGAGUCACGCACCUCUACGAUUCGCACGAGGCCGACGACUGUCGACUCGAAGCCCUCAUAAGCACGAAGAAUUUGCCUUCUCAUGCCAAGCACCGGCAACUUGGUCGUUGGGUUACUGCGUCACCCUGGGUCAAGCAGUCUGGUACCGAACCGACUCUCCUGGAUCAUGAGCACUCUGCGGAAAAGACUUACAAGCACGCACCAAUCCCAGGUCUGCAAAGUCACAGUCCCAUCAUUGAGGAAGCCGUUGCCCUCAUGAAAUCUUGUCAAAAUGCUUCAAAGGAAGAUGCACCUGAAAUAGAGUCUUCAAUCUGGCCGCAGAAUCCUGGCUGGAACCUCUGGAGGGCACGUGUCGGCCUGUCAUUGCAUGAUCUACAAAACAAAGAUAUCUAUCCUGGUCUUGGUCGUCUAUCUUCGAGUCUCGAGGAACCGGCAACACAUCCCAAGCAGAUUUUUUCUUUCCAAGUUCCCGGUCUUAUCGGACUUUUGUCCACUGGUACCCGCAAAGGCUCGUGGACUAAAACUCCUCCCGAACGUACUGAGCUCACAGCUCACCUCAUUCCUUCUCCUCUUGAGCAGACAGGCAUCUUGGCUUCUGCUACUUUGCCUGCUGUGCAGUUACGGUUCUACAUCAAAGAUUCUACCCAACCACUAGAAGACGAUAUGCGCAUGUCUGCUUUACUUCCUGAUGGCAAGCGUAUCGUCCUUAGAGAUAUGCGCGCCGUCAUGACCACUGAAGCUGUACAGCUGAAUUUGCCCUCUCAUCCUGCUGAUUUGCGCUUCGAGCGUGAACAGUCACUGGUCUCAAAAUGGCCCGCCAAGGAUCCAAGAAUCAGGUCAUUCGUUGAAGCAAUAUUUGAAAGUAUGGCGAACGACACCUCACUACGUGCUCCCCCAGCUCUGCAAAUACCUGUUCCGCAAAUGUCUAUUGGUGCCAGAAGUGAAUCACUUUUAGACAGCCCGCAACAUGAUCCUGACAGCGUCGAGAUUCCUGACGACUCCAGAAAAGUCAUUCGAGGCCAGACAGUUGUCGCCAAAUACCUUUUCGCUGGCUUCGAGCAUAAUGAGCUACGGCGGUACGAUCUCAAAGUGCUCGGGCCAGGCUGCGUUGCGACCCUCCAAAGCACUGAGGCGGGCGUGACGGGUGGGCGUCGCCUUGAACUCAGCUUGCGUUACAGCGGCAAGCGCCUGGACGAUGGUGGAGAUGAUACGGUUGUGGAAAACCUCGCGCAUGCUUCAGUAAAGGCGAUCAACGUUCUUGCAAAGCAUUCCGUGAAAGAGCCAGAUGUUCACCGCGAUAUGAGUCUUAUCCGUGACACAAGUACCAAGUCUCGCCGACGGCAGUUGGACACCACCAAGCCUACGAGUUUGGGCAAGGAACACGAUCGUGCUACGUAUCGCCCGACAACAGACGAAUUCAAGCAAGACCGCAAUAAUGCUUUCUCGAUAGACGAUACACAAAGUGCUGCCGAGGAAGAGGCAAUGCAAGCAGAGGUCGCCAAUGACAGGGAGCCAUCAACAAUGGAAAAGGUCGCGAAGCAAGAACAGGGUGUCGAGAUGGACAAUGACCAAGACCCUCGAGUGCAAGAAGUUGCAGCGGUUGAAGGAUCCGCGCCAGAGACCAUCGCAAUUGAAAGGCCGGAAUCACAAACCAGGAUUUUUGAUGCUGAUGUGGAGCAUGGUGUUACACCUGCCAGCGAACAGCCGCCGACCUCGAGCACGAACACGAUAGAGCAAGACAUGUCUGCACAGAAAGACACACAAGCGUCAUCCGAGUCUGCGACACAAGAGGUCAAGGCCGAAGAGUCAAAAGCCCCUGAAGAAGAACCCUUGAGUGUUCGUCUAAGACGCAUGAUGGGCGGUGGUGCUUAA